AUGUUUUUUGUUCGGAGUUUGGCCGUCACUUAUUUCAUAUUAUGGCUGCCAUCGAAUUUUGCUAAGCUGAGCCCGUACCCAAAGCUCUUGCUAAUAUCAUUCGAUGGAUUCCGUUAUGAUCUACUUAAUGAGACUUGGACUCCUAACAUCUACAAAUGGGCAAAUCGUUCGUCAUGGUUUGUUAAUGGAGUAAAAUCUCAAUAUGUUACUUAUACAGCGCCCAAUCAUAUGAGUAUUGUUACAGGAUUACAUGAACCAGAUCACGGGAUUGUCUCGAAUUACUUUUAUGACACUGCAAACUGGAAAUUUUUUGAUUACUUUAAUAGCACCCAACAAGAGGGCAUAGUGAACGCGUCGCUGGACAUGUCAUGGUACAAAGGUGAUCCUAUUUGGCUUACCAAUGAGAGGUCUGAUGCUGCUCGUCGAUCGGUUUCAUUUUACUGGCCAAAUGGCGAGGCGCCGUUCCCUAAGCCACCCCACAAACCAUCGCUCUACAGGGAAUGGAAAAAUUAUCGCAGUCUUCAACAGUGGAUGGUCGAUGUUGAUGACAUUGUUAAAUUGUUCACCGAUGAAAAGGACCCCAUCAAUUUUCUUGCUUGGUACAUAGCUGAGCCAGAUCAUACUCUUCAUAAAAACGGGUUUUAUAAUGGCGAAUUGCGGAAGAUUAUCCAUCAACUUGAUGAGCUGUUCGGUUAUCUUGUUGCCAAACUUCAUGAGUCCGGUUUGGAAGAUGUCGUCAACGUGAUAUUAACAGCUGAUCACGGUCACGCUGAGAUCCAAGGUGCCAAAAAUGUUAUGUGCUUGCGAGAAUAUAUAGCAAAGGAAGGAUAUAAACUUGGAGACCAUAUGAUGUAUCCAGAUAGUGAUGAGAUAGCUCUCGAACUUUACCAUAAUCUCACGACUGCUGUGAAAACAACGGGUUACAAAGUGAACAUCUUCUUGAAGGAGGUGAGCCCUUUCACUCGUUACAAUCCUCAAUCACCUCUUCGUCAUUUUGAGUUACAUGCAUCUCUGGAGCUGUCACAAUGUAAAUGA